AAAAAAGCAGAAAACAAAAAACAUCAAUCCCUCAUCACAUCACUUAGGAAAAGCUGUUUUCUUGCGUUCGGUCCGCUUGCUUGCUUGGCCCUCUCCUGCUGCUGGCUGGUUUGGCCUGACGAUGAAGUUCAUUGUGUGUGCGAAUCGCGGAUCGUAAACUUGUGCAAUUUCCUCGCUGUCUGCCCCACUGUCGUGUGAUCGUGCUGUGUUUCGGUCUAGCCCGUUCGGAUAAUGGUUUUCUGCUUCUCUAGUGUCGAUGGUGCAAUGGAACUAUCGCUGAAGAAAGAAACAGCCAGCUCCUGGGAGAUCCCAGCAUUUUAGCCAAAGGGACAAAACACAAAGAAGCAUUAGGGAGCAGCAGCAACAGCAGAGAUUGCUUACGGGUUCAGUCUUGAAAUACAGAUCGUCGCGAGUGGACAAGUGAAUUUUCGCUGCACAGUAGAAACAAGCAGAACUAGCCAAGUGUAACAAAUAAGUGCAUUGAUGUUUAGUACUGUGCUGCGGAGUGAAAUUAAGUGUACAAAUCGGAGUGAAGCAAACGGAGAACGCUCAACAGCAUCAUGAGUGAAAUUUCCUGUAAAGGUAGUCCAACAUCGAGCGCUAGCGCUCGAAUGAGUUUAGUUACAGAUGAAAGUCACUUCAGUCUCGCUAGUCUGAACUCUUCCGUCAGUCAGGAUGAGUUCUUCCGGUGCAGGGAGCACGCAGAUUUGGUGCUUAAGCGAAUGCAAGAAUAUUUGCAGAACGAGAAGCUGUGCGACGUGAUCUUGAUCGCAGGAUUAGACGGCAAACGCAUCCCAGCGCACCGUCUGGUGUUGUGUGCCUCAUCGGCGUACUUCGGUGCCAUGUUCACCGGUCAUCUGCGCGAGAGUCAACAGGAGGAAAUCACCCUGCAGGAGGUGUCCGGUGAGGCACUGCAGCUGCUCAUCCAGUACUGCUACACUGGAACGAUAGAGCUGCGCGAGGACACUGUCGAAACGCUGCUUGCCACCGCCUGCCUCCUGCAGCUGAGCACAAUCGUGAACGCGUGCUGCGCUUUCCUCGCCCGCCAACUUCAUCCGUCCAAUUGCCUGGGUUUCUCGCUGUUCGCCGAACAACAAGGAUGCGCUACCCUGCUGAAAACUGCCUCUGCCUAUACCUGCCAGCACUUUAUGCAAGUCUGGAAAAAUCAGGAAUUUUUCCAGCUGGAUUCGAUACAGCUCGCCAAUUUGUUACAAAGUGAUGAUUUAAACGUUCCUAACGAGCAGGAAGUGUUCCACGCCUUGAUGGCCUGGAUACAGUUUGACUCCGAAAACCGGAAAACAUUUAUUCCCGAAUUGUUGGCCUUGAUUCGGCUUCCCUUGCUGCAACCUUCGUUUAUUGUUGACCAUGUGGAAGCCCUUUGCGGUGCUAACGAGUGCCAGCAGCUGGUGAUGGAAGCCUUCAAGUGGCAUUUGAUUCCCGGUAGAAGAUCGCAAAUAUCAACACAACGAACCCGGCCAAGAAAGUCUACCAUUGGAAAGUUGCUGGCAGUCGGAGGAAUGGAUGGUCACAAGGGAGCUAUUAGUAUAGAAAGUUACGAACCUCGAGUGGAUAAGUGGACUCUGCUGAAGAAUAUGCCAGCUCGGAGGCUGCAGUUCGGUGUAGCCGUGAUGGACGAUAAGCUGAUAAUUGUUGGUGGAAGAGACGGUCUGAAGACGCUGAAUACCGUAGAAUCCUUUGAUUUGACAACUAUGGCUUGGGGCUCUAUUGUACCACCGAUGGGGACGCCUAGGCAUGGCUUGGGGGUGGCCUUUCUUGAAGGGCCUUUGUACGCGGUAGGUGGUCAUGACGGAUGGAGCUAUUUGGCUACGGUUGAACGAUGGGAUCCGGCGGCACGGACCUGGAGCUACGUGGCACCCAUGGCAUCAAUGAGAUCGACGGCCGGUGUGGCAGUACUUGGGGGACGAUUGUUUGUUAUUGGUGGUAGAGAUGGCAGCGUUUGUCACCGAACAGUGGAAUGUUAUGAUCCCCACACCAAUAAGUGGACGCUACGAGCUCCGAUGAAUAAGCGACGCGGUGGAGUCGGGGUAGGAGUCUUGAAUGGCUUCCUGUACGCCCUGGGUGGUCAUGAUUGCCCGGCAAGUAACCCAGCAGUGUGUAGAACCGAAACUGUUGAACGGUACGACCCUACCACAGACACAUGGACUUUGAUCGCAUCCCUUAGUGUUGGUCGCGACGCGAUCGGCGUGAGCGUUCUCGGUGACUGGUUGAUUGCGGUUGGUGGAUACGACGGAAAUCAAUACCUGAAAACAGUCGAACAGUACGACACGGAAAGCAACGAGUGGCAGCAGAUCGCACCGGUCAAUUAUAGUCGCGCAGGAGCCUGCGUGGUCGCAAUCCCAAAUAACUUUUCCUCCGCUAAUGCCGCUGGAGCGGCCAGCGCUAGUGUGCCGUCCACAUCGAUGGGCGCACUAGCCACAGUGUCAUCUUCCUCAACGUCGACAAACACAACGAACAGAGGAGCAAAUUCCGCUCGCAACGGUAACUAUUACUAUAGGCGACAAUUUAGGAUAUACGACUAUUACGUUUAGGAGGGAACGCAGCCUGCCGAUUUCGGUGGAGAGAAAAAGAACUAUCCUUUGACUUUAGUUUGCGGUUGACCCGUAGUAACCAGUAUUGAUGAGACGAUUUUUUUCCCCUGUGAUCAUUUCCUUUAUCUUAGAGCUACGAAUUUUGACUGUACACGAUUCCGCCUACGAUUAGGGCCUAAAAUAAAACGAACCAGCGCGCGAGCCGCUUUACUACUGCAUCCGGUUCUUGCUGUUGAGAUUAUUAGUCCAGUGAACGCAUGUGAUCGAAGAUGGUUAUGUUUGUAGGCCUACCUCUAGUUCCCAAAGAUUUGCUGCCAAAAGCUGCACGCGGUAGUAAAGACGGGCGCGCGGUGUACGAUGCAAGUUUAGAUUAUCUGUGAUCGGCAAGAAGGAAAGUUUGAUUUUUUUUACCCUGUGAAUACAUUUUGUAUACCUUUAUACUAGAAAAUUAGCAAUCGAUUUAUUUCAAUUAUUCUAAGUAAAAAAGACUUGGUCUAGUUUCUCGCUCGGAUCUGUUUGAAGACUUUAUAUCCUCGAUACGUGGUUUAGAAGUAACGCAUACCGUUUAGGACAGUCAUGUUUUGCAGUCAUUCAACUUUUCUGAUAUAUGUAUAGUCUUCAGAUUGGAAAGAUAAUUAAAGGGUGAAACAGAAUGAGAAAAAAAUGCAUAAUGGUACUAGAGUAUGACUUCGAUACAAUGAACUUUGAUAAAGCGCGGUAUUAGCACUGAGAGAGGAAUCAACCUCUGCAACUGAAAACCUAAACAGCUAUAUUUCAUAACAAAAGCUAUCAAGAGAGAGUAAUUGCCCUUGAUACUAUUUAUAGCUAAUUAUAUACUGACGAUCAAUUAUUAAUAAAAGGUAUUUUAGUACGAAUCUUCUUAUAAAACCGGUUGUACAUUUUUUCCGCCAAAUUUGAAAGAAAUUUGAAACAUUUCGUUUGAA